AUGGCUACCACCAAGGAGGUCGAGAAGGUCCGGGAGGCCACCAAUGUCAAGCUCUUUGGCAAGUGGUCUUUCAAUGAGCUCGAGGUCACCGACCUGUCUCUCAUCGACUACAUCGCGGUGAAGGCCAAGCAUGACCGAUACACGCCCCACUCUGCCGGCCGCUUCCAGAAGCGCCGCUUCCGCAAGGCCCAGUGCCCCGUGGUGGAGAGGCUGACCAACUCCCUGAUGAUGCACGGCCGUAACAACGGAAAGAAGCAGAUGGCGGUGCGCAUCGUGCAGCACGCCUUUGAAAUCGUGCACCUGCUGACCGACCAGAACCCCAUCCAGGUGCUGGUGCAGGCCAUCAUCAACGGCGGCCCCCGCGAGGAUGCCACCCGCAUCGGGUCCGCUGGUGUGGUGCGCCGCCAGGCGGUGGAUGUGUCCCCCCUGCGCCGCGUGAACCAGGCCAUCUGGCUGAUCACCACUGGCGCGCGCGAGUCCGCGUUCAGGAACAUCAAGACCAUCGCCGAGUGCCUGGCCGACGAGCUGAUCAAUGCCGCCAAGGGGUCCUCCAACUCCUACGCCAUCAAGAAGAAGGACGAGAUCGAGCGUGUGGCCAAGGCCAACCGCUGA